UAAAACAAUAUGGCGUCUAGAGAAAAAGUAGGUAACUCGGUGUCUGAGUUCUUGCAAGAUAUGUCCGAGUACGAGUUAACGUGCCCAAUUUGCUUCGAAGAAUUCAAAGAACCUAAAUCACUCCCAAACUGCGCUCACAGUGUGUGCUUGCAGUGCCUUGAAAAAAUGUCUGAAAGGAGCUCAAAUAUCUUUGAAUGUCCUGUCUGCCGAGUCGAGUCUCCUCUUCCAAUGGACGGAGUUAAAGCAUGGCCWACAAAUAGUCGUAUUGUAAGACUCAUGGAUCGUUUUCCGGGAAGACAGGAUAAGUUAGCAAUCAAAAAUGCUUCAGAGAGAUGCAAAAUGGCGUGUGAGGCGACGUCGAGACGAGAAGAACAACACAAAGUUAUGUCUGACAGAAUGAAGAAAGAGGUCGAAGACAAAGCUCAAAAGCUAGUUGAGUUUAUACGMGACCAAGAACGGUCGCUGUUGGAUAUGAUUGACGACGUCCUUAUGUCAGAAUAUUGUGGGAAGGAUGAAUUACAACGACAAGCAGCGACUUUGACGGGAAAAGCGGCCAAUAUCAUCGAAAGAGGAGAUGUCUACGAGAUUGUUGAUGCAAAAGAGACACUCGUCUCUCAGCUAGAUCAAAUAACUCGAGAUUUGCAACCUUCAUUUGACGGAARCUUUACAGACCUCUUGCGCAAAAAACUCCUGGAUGAAAAACAGUUAGAGUCAGCUGUGCCAUGCUCUAAAUWCGCUUCAAAUAACAAUGUUGGCCAUYUUGACCCCAAAUUUAAUCGAACCAUCACUAAAAGCCAAGAGCCCGACAGAUUUUACCCAUUCGACCUAGCAACUACAAGCACAGGCAACCUUGUUGUUCUAGAUAGUAGAUUUCAKAAUGUAACYAUAUUURAUGUUGAUGGAACCUUGUCAAGUCAAUUCAAAGUCGGMUUAGAUGACCUUUGGGGUUUGACUGUGCCAGUAAACACUGAUGAAAUCAUCAUUGCUUGUAAUCGUACCUCAGAUGAUGCUGGCAUCUGUGGUUAUCUGGUGUACUUUGACAUCCAAGGUAAUUUCAUAAAGCGGGAAACUAUUGAUGAGUUUAAAGAUACUUUUCUAACUGGUAUCUCACUGGACGACGACAACAACAAUCUGAUUGUCACCUCUGGGGUUUUCCCAGACAAGAAUGGUCAUUUCACAAAAGGKGGACUUAUUGUUUUAUCUCAAAGUCUCGAGGUGAAAUUUUCAACUUUUGGUAGUGAGAAUCAGAGCAAUAUGAGAAAGGCUAUCCAUUAUCAGGAAAAGUACUACUGUACUCAAUUGAUUGAUCCUGGCAAGGAAGGCUGUGUUAAAGUCUUUGAUAAAGAUGGUAGACUGUUGCAAGAAUUUGGGCAUUCAGAGCUGUGCGAUCCUCAUGGUAUUAUYGUAGACUCUAACACGUCACGAAUYCUUGUAUGUGACAGACUACUUAAYGCWGUUUURGURUUCAAUACUGAAGGUACUUGCUUAACGAGAUUUGAAACCAAAAACGAUCCMGUGCAGAUCAUCAUGUCAACUGUUARUAAGGACAUUAUGGUUGCUUGUUAUCUUGGUUUAUGUAUCCAAGUUGUCUCUUAUAAAUGGUUCUCUGAGGUCAAUGAUAARUCUGUUCAAGCAUUAAAAUGGAUUGCUUAGGUUAAACAAGCUAUAGUGUUGGCAGAUUUUUUGUUAAACACUAAGUUUCAAAUUUCAAAUCCAUUACAGGCACUUAUAGCCUUGUUCCUACAUAGGAUAGAAAACCAUAGAAUAACCACAGAUUCGAGGUUAAGCCCACUUUGAAAUUUUGAGAAUACUCCAUUUUUGAAUUCAAAGGGAAUAACUACUAUUUUAUUUGACAGCAGAUUGAUUCUCUUAGACCAAGAGCUUACAAACACAAAAGAAAGCACAAGAAAAUGUUGUACAAUAAGCACUAACAAUUUACAUUUUUGCCGAGACGAGGCUAACAGGGUAAUUCUCAACUUGGAGAAAAUGCAAAUUUUCAAGGUUGUUGUUCGCUUUGAAUUCGAAAAUGGAGUAUACUCAGUAGUCUUCUUCACAUAUUGUGUCACUAUGAAUGGUAGCCACGUCUUUGCAUUGGAGAAGUGAGACUACAAUAGUAGAAAACCACAUGCAAAACCAACAUUUGUAGCUGUAUGAGAAGACUUAUCCAUGUCCACUGGUCAUCUCACUUUGAUGUAAAGGCAUGGUUACCUUUCAAACUGAUACAGGGAACGUUAUGGACUGUAAGUGGACCAUCCAAGAUGGCUUUUGAUUAAGAAUGAAGAUUAAUUCUUCAAUGUCUA